AUGGCACUAGCCAAUAGGUGUGAUGCCUACCAAUGGUUCGUGCUCGACCAAAGGGUCCUGCUCGCCAAAGAACUUCUUUGGACGCAGAAAGCUAAUACCAUGGGUCCCAUCGAGAACGGGGAGUUAAAGAUGAGCCAAAAGCGUGAAGAAGAGCAAAAGGCCAUGGAAGAUCGAUACAGCGUCGAACAGAACCUUUUAGUACUGGAGAAACGCGGCGAGAUAUUAGUGUCAGUGGUCAGCAAAACCGGGGAAACAUCUUCCAGGGUGCCAGCCGCUACGACAAAUUAUUUUUGA